ACCGUGGGAAAGCUGGCUGGGGCUGCGCAGCCGGCUCGGCACGGCUCAGCCAGCCCUCCCGCGGCUCUUCUGCAAGCAAGCGCGGUUCGUGGAGCCGCCGGGAGCUUUCUGUCCCCAUCUGGACAGCCCCAGGAUGCAGCCGGAGCCGUGGAGCCGGUGCGUGGCUUUUGUUCGCUCGUCCUCCCCGCGACGGAGCCCCGCGUGCGGGGGCGCGAUGCCGGCGCACAAAUAAAGCAGCUCGUGGCCCGCCUGCAGGCUGAAUAACCCGUGGGGAUGCUCGUGUGGCGUGUGGGCUGCCUCCAAGCCCCCAGGACCAGAGGCUGACUCGAAGCCGGCAUGUCGAACCCCCCGGCCCCUGCUCGGUGAGCGAUGCCUGGAGCUGCCCACCCUGCCCUUCGCCUUGCUUCUUUCUCCCGGUGAGACCGGGAUGAGGAUGCUGCAAAAAUCCAGCCUGGAGCUGAAGCCCAGAGGUGUUUUGCAGUGAGACGAGGCACGUAAGAGCCUAACCGACCCCCAGCUCCCCAAAUCUCAGCACUCAGCGAGUGUCGAGCUCCUGGCCUGCCGGCUGGUGACGCAGGCUGCCAUGGAAGAGGGCACGUUCAGCGUGCAGCAGAUACAGCCCAACGUCAUCUCGGUGAGGCUCUUCAAACGCAAAGUGGGGGGCCUGGGCUUCCUGGUGAAGGAGCGCGUCAGCAAGCCGCCCGUCAUCGUCUCCGACCUGAUCCGGGGAGGAGCCGCCGAGCAGAGCGGCCUCAUCCAGGCUGGGGACAUCAUUUUAGCCGUCAAUGGCAGGCCCCUGGUGGACGUGAGCUAUGAGGCUGCGCUGGAGAUACUGAGAAGCAUCGCCUCCGAGACCUACGUGGUCCUCAUCCUGCGGGGCCCCGAGGGCUUCACCACGCACCUGGAGACCACUUUCACCGGCGACGGGACGCCGAAAACCAUCCGUGUCACCAGACCCCUGUGCCCGACGCCGAAAGGGGUCGACCUAUCCAACCCAAACCUCCAGGGCAAGGAGCAGCCACUGCCAGCAGCCGCCCGCACCAUGGGCUCCCUGUGGGCCAGGGAGACGGGGCGAGAGGAGCCGAUGGUCCACGUGAACGGCGUCGUUCCCAGCCCCAAGGGGCAGGACGGUGGCAAGGGGAAGGACAGUGCCUGCAGCCACCUGUGCCUCAACGGCGGCGUGGAAGACAACGAGCUGCUCAAGGAGAUCGAGCCCGUCCUGGAUCUCCUGAAGAGCAGCAGUAAGGACGGCGAUGGAGAUGCGCCCUGCAAGGUAGAGACAAGAGAUAUAGAAGUCCAGGUAGACUGUUUCAGGGAAGGGGAAAACAAGCUGCAGAAAGCCUUGCCGGCUCGGAUGGAGAACGACCGUGUUGUGGGUGACCUGUGGGGGAAGAGCAACGCGCCCGUGGUCCUCAACAACCCCUACUCCGAAGCGGAGCAGCCGCCGCCGUCGGGGCGGCAGUCCCCGACCAAGAGCGCGGUGAACGGGAGCCCUUCCAAGUGCCCGCGGUUCGUCAAAAUCAAGAACUGGGAGACGGGCGCCGUGCUUCACGACACUCUGCACCUCAAGACGGCGAUGACCACUGCGUGCACCGAGCAGAUCUGCAUGGGCUCCGUAAUGACCCCCAGCCAGCACGUCCGCAAGUCAGAGGAUACCAGGACGAAAGAGGAGGUGCUCCUCUUGGCUAAGGACUUCAUUGACCAGUACUACUCCUCCAUAAAGAGAUCUGGCUCCAAGGCGCAUAUGGAAAGGCUGGAGGAGGUGACCAAGGAGAUUGAAGCCACCGACACCUACCAGCUGCGGGACACGGAGCUGAUCUACGGAGCAAAGCACGCCUGGCGAAACGCAGCCCGCUGCGUGGGCAGGAUUCAGUGGUCCAAGCUGCAGGUGUUUGAUGCCCGAGACUGCACCACAGCCCACGGGAUGUUCAAUUACAUCUGCAACCACAUCAAAUAUGCCACCAACAAAGGGAACCUCAGAUCUGCCAUCACCAUCUUCCCGCAGCGGACAGACAGCAAGCACGACUUCCGCAUCUGGAACGCGCAGCUCAUCCGCUACGCCGGCUACAAGCAGCCCGACGGCUCCAUCCUCGGAGACCCUGCCAACGUGGAGCUGACAGAGAUCUGCAUCCAGCAAGGUUGGAAGGCACCGCACGGGCGCUUUGACAUCCUGCCCCUGCUCCUCCAAGCCAACGGCAACGACCCCGAGCUCUUUGAAAUCCCCCCCGAGCUCGUGCUGGAAGUGCCCAUCCGGCAUCCCAAGUUUGAAUGGUUUAAGGAGCUGGGCCUGAAGUGGUACGGUUUGCCAGCCGUGUCCAACAUGCUCCUCGAGAUCGGCGGCUUGGAGUUCUCCGCCUGCCCCUUCAGCGGCUGGUACAUGGGCACAGAGAUCGGGGUCCGGGACUACUGUGACAACUCUCGCUACAACAUUCUGGAGCAAGUGGCCAAGAAAAUGAAUCUGGAUAUGAGGAAAACCUCCUCGCUGUGGAAGGACCAAGCCCUGGUGGAGAUCAACAUCGCCGUGCUGUACAGCUUCCAGAGCGACAAGGUGACCAUCGUGGAUCACCACUCGGCCACCGAGUCCUUCAUCAAGCACAUGGAGAACGAGUACCGGUGCCGCGGGGGCUGCCCUGCCGACUGGGUGUGGAUCGUCCCGCCGAUGUCGGGCAGCAUCACCCCCGUCUUCCAUCAGGAGAUGCUCAACUACCGUCUCACACCCUCCUUCGAGUACCAGCCGGACCCCUGGAACACCCACGUCUGGAAAGGGGUCAACGGGACGCCCACCAAGAAGAGGGCCAUUGGCUUUAAGAAGUUAGCAAAAGCUGUGAAGUUCUCAGCCAAGCUGAUGGGACAGGCCAUGGCCAAGAGGGUGAAAGCCACCAUCCUGUACGCCACGGAAACGGGGAAGUCACAGGUCUACGCUAAAACCCUCUGCGAAAUCUUCAAGCACGCUUUCGAUGCCAAGGUGAUGUCCAUGGACGAGUACGACAUCGUGCACCUGGAGCAUGAAACCAUGGUCCUGGUGGUCACCAGCACCUUUGGCAAUGGAGACCCACCUGAGAACGGGGAGAAAUUUGGCUGUGCGCUUAUGGAGAUGAAGAACCCCAACUCCAACCUGGAGGAGAGGAAGAGCUACAAGGUCCGUUUCAACAGCGUCUCCUCCUACUCGGACGCACGGAAAUCCUCGAGCGACGGCCCCGACUCCAGGGACAACUUCGAAAGCACGGGGCCCCUGGCAAAUGUCAGGUUCUCCGUCUUUGGACUGGGCUCGCGUGCUUACCCCCACUUCUGCGCCUUUGCCCGGGCGGUGGACACCCUCCUGGAGGAGCUGGGCGGGGAGCGCAUCCUCCGCAUGGGAGAAGGGGACGAGCUCUGCGGCCAGGAGGAGUCCUUCAGGACCUGGGCCAAGAAGGUCUUCAAGGCAGCGUGCGAUGUCUUCUGCGUGGGGGAUGACGUGAACAUCGAGAAGGCCAACAACUCCCUCAUCAGCAACGACCGCAGCUGGAAGAGGAGCAAAUUUCGCCUGACCUACGUGGCCGAGGCACCGGAGCUCACACAAGGGCUGUACAGCAUCCACAAAAAACGCGUCUACGCAGCCCGGCUGAUCACACGCCAGAACCUGCAGAGCCCCAAGUCCAGUCGCUCGACCAUUUUCCUGCGCCUCCACACCAACGGGCACCAGGAGCUGCAGUACCUGCCUGGGGACCACCUGGGCGUCUUUCCAGGGAACCACGAAGGCUUGGUCAAUGCCCUGAUCGACAGGCUUGAAGAUGCCCCCCCGGCCAACCAGCUGGUGAAGGUGGAGCUCCUGGAGGAGAGGAAUACAGCUCUGGGUGUCAUCAGUAACUGGACAGAUGAGAACCGAAUCCCACCGUGCACCAUCUUCCAGGCCUUUAAGUACUAUUUGGACAUCACCACCCCUCCCACCCCCCUGCUGCUGCAGCAGUUUGCUUUGUUGGCCACCAGUGACAAGGAGAAGAAACGUCUGCAGGUCCUCAGCAAGGGCUUGCAGGAGUACGAGGAGUGGAAGUGGUCCAAGAACCCAACCAUCGUGGAGGUGCUGGAGGAGUUCCCCUCGGUGCAGAUGCCCUCCACGCUGCUGCUCACGCAGCUGCCCCUGCUCCAGCCCCGCUACUACUCCAUCAGCUCCUCCCCGGAGAUGUACCCCGGCGAGGUGCACCUCACCGUGGCGGUGGUCUCGUACCGCACUAGAGAUGGAGAAGGCCCGAUCCACCACGGAGUCUGCUCCUCUUGGCUCAAUCGGAUACAGCCCGAGGAAGUAGUGCCCUGCUUCGUGAGGGGGGCUCCCAGUUUCCACCUGCCCCAGGACCCCCAGGUGCCCUGCAUCCUCAUCGGCCCCGGCACCGGCAUCGCCCCGUUCCGCAGCUUCUGGCAGCAGCGGCUUUUUGAAAUCCAGCACAAAGGCCUGAAGCCUUGUCCAAUGGUCUUGGUGUUUGGGUGCCGACAGUCCAGGAUCGACCACAUUUACAAAGAGGAGACGCUUUUUGCCAAAACCCAAGGUGUCUUCAGAGAGCUGUACACAGCCUACUCCCGGGAGCCGGACAAACCAAAGAAAUACGUGCAGGACGUGUUGCAGGAGCAGCUGGCCCAAACCGUGUACAAAGCACUGAAGGAGCAGGGAGGCCACAUCUACGUCUGCGGGGACGUCACCAUGGCUGGGGACGUCCUGAAGACCGUGCAGCGCAUCGUGAGGCAGCAGGGCCAGCUGUCGGUGGAGGAGGCGGGCGCCUUCAUCAGCAAGCUGCGGGAUGACAGCCGGUACCACGAGGAUAUUUUUGGAGUCACCCUGCGCACGUACGAAGUGACUAACCGCCUUAGAUCCGAGUCUAUUGCAUUCAUUGAGGAGAGCAAAAAAGAUACGGAUGAGGUUUUCUGCUCCUAACUGGACCCUUCGCCCCAAGGGGAUGCCCAAGCAGUCCCAGCACCUGCUGCCCCCUCCCGCCGGAGGGCUCUGGGUUUUGUAUUUCAUGGACACGGUGGCUCCUUUUCCGCGGGGAACUGCCCAUGGAAAGCGCUCUGUCUCUCGUCCUGUUGUUGUGUCCUGAUGAUGAUGAUGAUAAUUUUUAUUGCCUUUUCUUCCUCUUUCUCUUGCUCUCUCUCUCUCUUGUCCUGUGGCGGUUUCUUUUCACCCCCUUCCCUGGAUUUUCCCACUGAAGUAUGAUGGCUUUCUAAUCCGCAGUGGCUCUUAACAGAACUUCCCAUUUCCCCAUCCUCUCCUGAGGGCAUUUUGCAGCUGCAUGAAACCACCACCUUUGUGACCAUCUGCGUUUUAGUGUUUUGGGGGCAAGCAGAGGUGGCUGGGGCUGGGCGAUAGCUGGAUCUUGUUGCUUGACCUGAGCUGGGAUCAUUCCCUCAGCCCCGCUUUCCCCAGCUUAGCCCUUGGCUGAAUCCUUGCAUUUUCUUUGCUUUUUUUUUUUUUUUUUUUUUAAUUUUUUAAUUAUUUUGGACUUGUUCAGGCCUGGGCACACGCCCAAGGCUGGGGGCAGUCAAUGUGCCAUGUCCUCGUGCCUGUGGACUUUGUUCAUCCCCGAGCAGCCUGGGUGCAAAUGUUUUUGUGUUGAUCCAAAGGGUGGGACGUCUCCGAUUCACGUGUCACGGUUCCUCCUAAACGCCCCCCGUGCUAUGUUUGCCUCCUCCUCUGCUCCCCACCAGUCUCUCCUUUUGCUCAAUCCCCACUUCUGCUGGCAUGAAAGCCCUCCCGCAGGGGAGCAAGCACCGAACACACAGGCUGAUGUCUGUGCUGGGGAGAAACUCACGGCAAUGACUGCUGCUUGGCCAGGCUGUCCUCUGAGAGGCUUUGCAGGAGAUGCGCGACCUGCUGCCGUGACGCUGGGGGGAGAGGAUCAGGGACCGGCUGCAUCCUAGAGCUUUGCACGCUGUGAACGCUUGAACCCUCUCCCAGGUGAGACUGGAAAGCCACCAGGCUGGGAGAGAAGCAGCUCCAACCCCGGGUGCAGGAGGCACCUCCCGGUGACGGAUUCUCUUGGGAAGGCAGCGCUCGGAGGGCUACAGAGGCUCCCAUCGCCUGGUCCCGACCGAGGGCUCUUGGCAGCCUGGAGAGCAUCGCUUCCACCUUAGUGCAGGCUCACGAGCAGCUCUGGGACAGCAGACCCCAACCCCAUCCAUGGCUUCGGGAGCAGAAAGUGCCAGCAGGGAGCAACCUACUUGCCAAAAGAAACACGCGGCACCUUGGUGGCAAAGCCCGUCCCCUCUCGCAGGCUCUGUCCCAGCGGCACGGGAUGUCUCGUGUGAGAAGGGAGGUGAGAGCAGCUGCAAAGCUGCUGCGUGACUCUGGGUCCUGCCGUGCUCACACCUCAGCCCGGCUGCAAAAGCCUGGCCCCACAAGCAAUGUGUUAACACCGUCGCGGGGAGCUAUCAGUCCCCUUAGCAGAGGAAAGCUGUCCGCAAGGUGAAGCACACGCGACCUUGUGCGUCCUUCCUCCCUCUCCUCCCUUCCUCCCCCUCGGGAAGGUUUUUGUCCUCCUUCUCUGCAGGGCACGGCUGCAGCCCCUGUUGGAAGCAGGGACACGGGGCUGGAGGUUGGAGCUGCUGUACCCCUGCUGUCCCCCCUCUGCUGCACUGUGCGCCGGCAUGGAGCAAAGCACCCACACCGGCGACAGCAGAGGGUUUGUCCGGGAGCUGUAACAAUGAGCUUUGCAGUCAGAGGGCAAGGAUUAGCUGCCCUAACACGAAUCCAGAACAAAAAGAGCUGCAGGAGGUUUGCUGCUCCCCCAGCCUCGUGGUGCAAGGUGCGCUGGCUCCCCUGGCAGCACAGAUGUCACACGCUCAGCCCCGUCUCCUCGUGCUGUCACCGCCUUCAUCAGCCUCAACUCCCUGGGUGCUCGGAGCAGCUCCAGCCCAAGAUCCCGGAGCUAAAGGCCAGCAGGUGCUGGAGAAUUCAAGAUCAAGGUCUCAGUUUUGCUGCUCCCUGCAGAGCACUUGGCAGGGCACGAAAUGCGAAGGAAUGCUGCCACGGUGUGGCCGCAGCCGAGCUCGUAGGGCUGGCAGGGCUGGGGCUGCAGCGAGGUGCAAGGCUGGGUUCGUGUCACCCCCUGGGGACUUCCUCACGGGGAGAUGAAAGCUGGACAGGAUGGGACAAAGGGCACCCCCUGACCUCCCCUGGGGGUUGUGCCCCAGCCCCAGGGCAGGCAGCAGGGCAGAGCGGGGUCCCUUUGGUGCUGGGAUGUGUGAAUUCGGGCAGAGGUCCUGCUGCUGGGAGCCAAAUCUUUGGCCCUGUGUACGUACAGCAAGGCUGGCCCUAACCCCCAGCCCUGUGACUGCAAAAACAGAACUAAAGACCAAAUUCAUGUCUCAUCCCUGCCUUUUGGGAAAAAUGAUUCUGGCUCUAGACGUCGUGCUCUGCUCCUCCUGUUAGUAGAAGCAGCAACGCAGCCUGAAAAAGAGCGAGUGCCCAAAGAAACGUCCUUGUCUUCGUCCUCUUUCUAGCUCAUCCUGCGUUGCUGGCAAUUAGGUUUUUCCUGUCCCGCCUUCUGCCUGUAUUGCUGGAACUUCUCACGUGGAAGUCCUAUUGCUGCUGCAGUCUGUGCCUGAGAUGAACUGGCAUGCUCUCCCUGCGCCCCAAAGCCUGCCAUCUCCGCCUCCCCGCUUCCACCCCAGAUGCCUGUGGGGACACCGGGCAGCACACGGCUGUGUGCCUUGCCUUCCGUGGGAUUUCCAACGGGGCAGGCAGCCAACGCCGGCUGGAGCUCAGCGGGCGUGGGGUAGGUGAGUCCCUUAGAGCCCUUUGGGAGGGAAAUGCCCUACAGAAGGACGGUGCUCCCUGCCACGAAGUCCAUGAGGUUUUAUGUCCCCAGGGCUCCAAGCUUCGUCCCUGCUCCCUCUGUCUCAGUAGGACUAUUUGCUCCUCGCAAGCCACACCACUGGGACUUCUGAUUGUUUUUCGUUGAGUCAGUCUCCGACGUCUUAACUCCCCCUUCAUCCCCCUAACCUGCAGGGGCUUCGCACUCCCCUCGCGCUUAAUUUUCUCCCACGGCGGAGGGGGAAAUAAACCUGUGGAUCUGCUUUAUCAUUCCGCAAAUGCGGCUCUUCCGCCGCUUGUCUAGACUCUGCUCGUCUCGGUGUGACACGUCUGACGCGUGGCUGCAGCCACAAUAUCUCCAGCAUGCAUAAAUGGCAGAGAGCGGGGUGGGCUCUGCCGAGGAUGGGUGCCCAGAGCUGCCCGGGGGCAUCACGCAUGGAGGAACCAAGCCCCUUGCACACUCAGCUCAUGAAUUCAUCACCCAUGGGUGCCUGCUGCACACCCAGGCUCCUGCACAGCCCCACGCGGCUCCUGCAGCACGGGGAUCCAGGACCUGAAGGACACCGGUCCUGCCCCAGUGCCCCAGUCCCUCUCCUGGAGGACAUCCGCCACCACUGCCCCUUUUGCAGCAGCUCAGCUCCUUUUCGCUCCCCAAGGAUUAAACACAAAGAGGCUCUUGUCCAAACAGGAGAUUGGAUUUUCAAGAUGUUACAAAGAUGCUAUGAGUUUUUUUGUUUUUGUUUUUUUUCUCAAAGGUUUUAAUUUGUAAGUUUUUCCCAUGUCCACAGAAAGCUGUGUACGAACUUGAAAACUCGUGGGAAACGGUUCUGUGUUUUCCCGACCUGCUGUGUCCACUAGCAGGGGAAAAUAAGUUGUUCAUUCAGUGCAAGGGUACCUGCUGCCUGUGUUGUUGAUGACUUCAAAGGUUUCAUCUCCCCAGAAGGACUGCUUGGGAGUCUGCUGCUCUUCUUUCUAUUGCUAUCUAUAAGAGACAGCGGGAAAAUAAUGAGACUUCUCCCAUCAGGAGCAGACUUGCAAAGACAACACCUCCGCGAUCAUUGCUGGGUAGACCUGAGCUCACUGCGCGGGAGGAACUGAGCCAGCUGCAGCCACACUGGCCAGAAAAAUGGGGUUUGAGUUUGGGCAGCCACGCUCCUUGCCCUGUCCUGGGCCUAUAAGUCCCCAGUGGUGGGCACGGGGCUCAGUCCAUGCUCCAAUCAGUCUGAGCCAAUGUAUCUGUGCAGGACUGGAAAAUUCACAGCUGUGUCCUGAGCAAACGAGACUGCACCAAUGCAGAAAAGGAGGUGAGACGAGGCAGGAGCCGUGUGUCCAGUCCAGCUCCAAGCACUCUGCUGGUUCCUUUGUUGGCAUGCGAUGCCUCUCGCCUGCCCUGAGCUCCCUCCACCACCUCCCUCUGGAGAUCUCUCCUCUCUCCUCCUCAGCCCUGCUGUUGUGCCCGAGAGGCGCAGGGAGCUGCUGGGCCAGGGCAGGACCUGGGGGUGGCGAUGGACUUGCAGUGCCUUGUGCUGGGAAGAGACCCUGGGGGUGCCCUCCGGUUCCUGCUUCCUCCAGAUCUGCUCCGAGCACACAGAGGCUGGGGGCUGAGAGGAACAGAUGCAUUCAUUUCACAAGAGACAUUCUCAGUGUGCAAAUUUCCCCCGGGAUAACCGAGAGCAAGCUGACAGCCCUGCUCAGCUGUGCUCUGCCAUUAACCUGCUGCUGCUGGGGCUUUGCGGAGGUUCAGAGGUGUUGCAGGGUUAGGUGUGGGUGCAGACCAGACACCACCUUCUGCACACACACUGCUCUGUGAACCUGCCACGGGCUGGAGACCACGUAUUUAUUGAGCUGCUUUGGGGGCUGUGUUUGUGCUGCAGCCACGGGGACCUGCACCAAGCCCGAGCCAAAGCUGCCGCCUCCCAGCACACUGUCACUGAAGCCAUUCCAGUCCUCUGAUUUAUACCUACAGGGAAGCUGCAGAGAGUUCCUGGCAUUUUUGGAAGGAAAAAUUCUAUGCUCAAAACUAAAUUUUGUUCCUGCCUUCACUGGGGACCAAUUCUCGGCUUCAGAAUUGCUCUGAUAACUUUGCAAUUGCUUUGAUCGUUCCAGAGGGGAGCGCAGUCCCUUUACAGAACAGAUGGAGACACGCUUUCAGGACCAUUCAACUUUGUUGUCGCUCUGUCUUUUGUUAGAACAAUUUCUGCUAUAAUGGGAGGAGCAAAAUUUGGCCAGUGCUGAAUGCUCUUGAAAACUGUAUUCCCGAACUCGGACAAAGUCUGCCCAGCGUCCGAGUCCUCCCAGGUACAAAAUGCCCUCCACAACCACCGGCUUUCUGUGGCGCUGGGGAUGUUCAGCAGCUUGCAGGAUAAGGCUUUCACAGCAGCAGCAGCAGCAAUUUCAUGACGGCAGUGUUUUCGCGUGUGUCGAUCUGCACUUGCACUUGCCUGCAAUGCAUGACUCUAGUACUCCAUUUGAAAUCUACCCUUGACGGGGAGAUCUGAGCUCUAGCUUCUUCCAUAUGGCCAUGUGUAUUUAAUAGGAAUUCAGGGGAGCUGGAGAAAGCUAAUGAGAUUGCUGCUUUAAAGCACUUGGUUCCAGAAGUAAAAUAGAUCUUACCAGAGGUUGAAAUUGGCUUGAUUCUGGCAUGGCUACAAGGGCAACUCAUGAAAGAUUUAAGCACUGUAAUGCAGUCUUACCUUUUUCCUGCUGUGUCAGGAAUAAAGCAGGCUGGAAAGUCUUGGCUUCCACCCCUACAGAUGUUGCCAGUGAAGUCUGUGAUGGAAGUUUGAGCCAUCAGAACGAUAGGGGGAAAAACCAACAACAGCAACAAAACCAGACUGAGAGUUCAUAGCUGAGCAGCCGUGGCUUGUUUACCAGUGAGGGCACCUCACUGCGAGGGCUGCUGUUUCCCUGCCUACUCAUUCAUGUACCUACCUGGCCUGAUUUCAGGAUGGAAGGAGGGAGGAAACACUUCAAAAGCAAGAAAAAUGGAUGUGUGAGCCUUGCCCUCAGCAUCUCUCAUUUAACAGGAGCUGGCAGGCCAAGGCUUUGCAGCCACUCUUCAUUGCCAGGGCAGGGAAGUGGGGAAGACACCGGGGGUUUCUCUGGGACCUGCAGGAGCCAAGGCUUGCAGAAGUAUUUCUGGGGCUGAGGAGUGCAGUACAGAGCUGAGCCGCAGGUGUUCUUCUGCAUGGCCUGACUGCAGUGUUGGGACACGGCUCUCUGUAGAGCUGGUUCAGAAAUCUGCCAGUGAAUAAUGCUGGACAAAGUGGUUUUCUUCUGGGGGCAUUCUUAGUACUUCAAAAAUAAAAAGAUGAGAUACUUAAAAAGUCAACCUAAAAGACCAACUGAUUUGGGGGCUUCUUUUUGUUGCUUUGUUUUCAUGUGUUGGCUUUGAGUGGGGAAAGCAAAAGAAUGUAAAUCAAAAAAAUUUUUGGAUGAAAUUGAGUAUUUUAUCCCCACAAUAAUUGCUAAUGGAGAUUUUAUAAUAUUCCACAGGCAACACAACUGCCUUAAUACAUAUUCAGCUCCAACAAGAGGCAUUAGUACUGCUUGCUGACAACCCUGUUUUUUAUUUUUCUCUUGUGUGAUCAUGGUAUGGAAUCAUGUCUUAAGAAGAUACACUUUACAGAACCCAACAGGAUGGCCAGAAAUAGAUGUUUCAGAAUCUUCCUGUGCCCAGCAUCGAAGUGAUGGCUUCAAAGCCAAUGAAAUUCAAUGCAAGAUGUCUGCUUUGCUAGAAUUCUAUAAAACAGCUGUAUGUCCAGAAUGCCCAAGGUUAAAUGUGCUCUGCUGCCUUGAGAUGCCUUCAGAAACCCUGGGAUCUAUAUGCUAAAAAGAGCUUGAGAACAGGUUCCUUAGUCUGUAGCAACAUCCCAAGUUGUUCUAGAUUGUACACAAUUCCCCAGGCGGUAGAUGAAUAGAGUGAGAUGACUUUCAGCCAGGACUCAUUGCUUUUUAGAUUGCAUGUAGUUAGAAACAUGAGUUCUGCCAGCCACCCAGGGAACUUGAUAUUCAGUGCCAAUUAAUUUUUGUAAUAGGAACAGGGAUUUAUUCCCUUGAUUUCCUUAGGCACCUUUGAAAAGCAUAAGCAUCAAAGGUUGGUUUGUAGGUGUUUUGUUUUUGUUUUGUUUUGUUUUGUUUUUCUGGUGGCCUUUUUCCUGAAGAGCAGUGGUUCCAAGCUGAGAAAGGAGACCACUCUGUGAAGGUAGGAGCUUUGGGGCAGGCAACUCCCAAGAUUUCCACUGCAGAGGUUUUCUAAACUCUUCAGACGUGGGUAAAUUCUGCUCUGCUAGAUGGGACUCCAAUUUCUCUUUACUCUCUGGUCCUCCUGCUCCUUCCUCCCUCCCCUGAGCGCCUCCUCAUGUCACUGUGCCUUCAUUUGGUUUGUAAAGUGAUGCCAUGAUUUAAGACUGGCACAUUGACUUCACUCUCACUUCCCAUCCCAUAAGACAGGUAUGUGUGGAGGGGGGUGUUUAUUUUGUAAACGUGCUUCUCAUGUGAUUCUAAGGUAGGUUUCUUCUGAGGAGUGAAGGGGUGGGGACAGUGGGAGCAGGGAUGAGCCGGUGUUGUAUUUGAUCAUACCAGUGCUUUAAGCGGUCAGAAACAUGGUUUUCCCCUACCUCUGAGCUCUCGAUGCUGCUAAAAUCUCUGCCAUUCGUACAAUGUACUCCAGCCCCCUCUCUCGGACUGACUCUGGCUCUGUUUGCAAGAUAUCCACAUUGUUCUAAAGCAUGCACCUCUUUCUGUAUAGUUCCGAUCUUCUGAUUUUAUGGAAUACUUAUGCCUGUUUGCAUUACAGUCAAAAUAAAAAAGUGAACUAAAAUACA